CGCCGAGCGGUGUGACUCAGUUGGGGUUCAACCCGUAUCGCGUACACGCUUGUGGCGAGUCAGUAGCAUUCCGAUCGUUGAGCUGUUCUCACGUUGCCACGCUAUACUUUCUAAAGUCUUGCACUGAGCGGAGUGAUUUCGACACGCUAUACGGUUACGAAAGUUUGCGCGAUGAUAUACAAGUGAGAGCUAACGGCCGGAGGGUAACGCUCAUCGCGCACGGUGAGCCAGUUUAGACCAAAAGACAUUCGAAACUCGCAAGGGACGGGGGGGCGCGACGCCGUCAGACACGCGGGUGCAACAUCCUUACACAUUUAUUGUGAGAGAACUAAAGAAACCAAUUUUUAAUGUGUCAAGUCAGUAUAGCUCAUUGCUGCUACGUCAGAUCGCUCAACGCCUCAAGUAGGAACUACAAGGUUAUGCAAAUGAGUUCUGAACGCUUCUAUACCAGGGGUAAUCAAAAGACCAUUCACAACUUUAAUAAACUUUAACGUACGGUUUCGUACAGCCUAGUGUCAUAGCCUAUCCUUCUGUUAUCGUUUCGUCACGAUCGCUAAUUGCUAAUUACCGAGGAGUGUGAUAAGGCGCUUGUGUUAAGUGUUCGGCGAGCGACUAGCGGCAAUUAUGGCGAGCCCUCAGGAGGAGACCCUGCUUGCGCGCUGCGAAAUUCCCAUUAUUGACCUAGCACACAUAGGAACGGAAAUAUGUCCUAUGAAAUCAGUGGUACGUCGCAUUGGCCAGCAACUCUUUGCCGCCCUUAGUACUAAGGGCCUAGCAAUGCUUGUAAACCACGGCAUCGCUGAGGAGAAGCUAAAAGCAGUGUAUGCUGAUUUAGAUAACUUCUGCGCUCUACCAGAGGGAUGUCAAGCGCAGUACCUUUGCAAUCCUGUCAACAAGCAUGGUUACGUUCGUCCGGGAACCGAACAAUUUGAUGAAACUAAAACGGAAUUACGUCACUCGUUCAACAUCACAACUCUGUCUGCCGCCGCGAUGCCUGCGCAGGAGGAGGUGCCUGACUUCCCCUCUCACACCUUUCCCCUCGCACACGACCUCACCAACCUGUCUAGAGUGUUGCUACAGGCCUUGGCUUCUGUUUUCGGUCUUCCAGCAUCCGCUUUGCUGGCGUCUCACUCUGGUAUGCUGCAAAGUGAUGGAUGCAACCCCUCAUCCAUGCAGCUUCUCUACUAUCCCCCAGUGCCCCCUGAAGAUAAGGGACCGUGUUGUCAUGAUGCUAUCGCCUACACCCGUUGUGGAGCGCAUAGCGACAGAUGUACUUUCACUCUGGUAGCACAGGAUUCAGAAGGAGGCCUCGAGGUAAAAUUGAACGGAAGUGAGAAAUGGCAGGCUGUCGGUCAUCUCCCUGGAGCCAUUCUUGUUCAGACUGGUGAACUGCUUGGUAAUUGGACUACAAAUUUGCUUCCGGCUUUGAUGCACCGCGUCGUGGUACCAUCUGGAAUGUACGCUCGUGCCCGCGGCCGCCAUUGCGUUGCGUUCUUCUGUCAUCCCGACAAGGACGCGAUAGUUCCCCCACUGAUCAUUCCGCUUGCCCCAACUCCACCAGUUUGUGCCCCACAGCACCUUUCGCUUCACCAUCGUCUUCUAAACGCCGCUCAUCACAUACAGAAACGCUUUAGGGAAACGUACGCAUGACUAGCACGGCAUAGUGGAAAGAGUGCGUCAAGAAAAACAUUUGGUUAACUCUAUAGCUGUUUUUGGUUUGCGCAAGUACUAGAGUUAAAUAUCAACUUUUAACGGAUAAAUUUGACAUUUUUUACAUGUUGUUCUGUGCAUUUCGGCAAUCACUCACACAUUUUUACUGUAACAAAAAGUCGUAUAAAAUUUACUUUUAUUUUUUUUAAGAUUAAAAAAAACAAAUAUUUUAAGAUCUACAUAUAUGCAAUAUAAAUGUGUUUUAUUCAAAUUGAAUUACUAAAAUACGGCUGUACAAUUAACCAAAGUUAUUAAUUAAUAAAAGCCGAAUUUUUUGCAUUUUUUCCACUAUUACCGAUGCGUAUAACGUUAAGAAGUUUUACGUGUUACAUUAUAAUAGAAAAGGAGCUGUUUCUCAUGGAAUUAUCCAUAUUACCGUCGGAAACUAUCGUUUGCGAUAAUUACAUUGACAGGUAUAUGAGGUAGGGUAAAAUAACAAACAAAAUUAAAACUUUAUUUUUAAUAUAUGACGUGUGACUUAGAAUUAUGUCAACAUGGCAGUUUCAAUUUAAUGUUACUGAUGGGCAAUACAAUAUACAGUUUAGUUAUGUUACACCUUGGUCCUUAUAUCCAAUUUCCAAAUAUGAUGAUUACGAUGUGUAAUUUUACUGCAGAAUGUUAAUUUAUAACAGUAAUGGUACAGUAUAAUUAUUCACGAUGCUUUUGUUUCAAUUAGAUACAACAGCAUUAUCACUGUAUGAACAUGUAAGAUGCACAGACUACUUAUGUUAUACUAAAUUGCACAGACUCUUGAUUUGUUUUUGUUGUCAUUCUCUCGAUAGUUACAAAAAAAAAUUGUAAUAUGAUUUGUGAUUGGCUGGUACUUGAAUAUACGAGAGUGUUAUGUAAUGUGUUUGUACUUUCUUUGCUGUAAUAGUAUUCUGAUGUAGCAUUUUCCGUACUUAGUUACUUUUAAGUGAAAUGGCUCCGUAGUUAGAAGCAUUUAUUACUUGCCGAAAUUACAUUUAGGAUUGUGUUUAUCAUUCCCAACAUUAUUACGAGUGUAAGCUAUGUGUACUUAUUAUAAUAUAUGGUGUUAUUUCUAUAGCGCGUUUUUAUAAGUUAUGCGAUGUCUUAAAAAUAUUUAUACCUAAUCUCGUAAAUAUCAAUAAAGGUCUUAAAACACUACAUUCGCCAUAACAAAAUGAUACUUUGACAAUAACACCAUAUUAUCUUGUAUGUUGAUUAGUAGGGGGUUUUAAUAAACGUUUUUUGACAUGUC